GCUUUCGCAAUGGAUACAAACUGCUACCAGUGCUCUAAGCCGAUCAAAUCGCUUGAGUUCAUGCAAUGUAGUGGUUUUUGCAAUCAAGCGGCGCAUCUCAAAUGCGUUAGUCUGAAACGACCGAGUAUGGAUUUCGUGAACGAACACUGCAAUUUAUUAUGGUUCUGCGACAAAUGUAUCGACUUGCUCAAAUUCGUGAGGAAUAAACCAAUGACUACGGAGGAUUUACAUGAAACUAAACAGUUGACGAAAUCGCUCACUGAAAAACUGCACUCUAAUGAUUUUGAACCAAAUCGUGAGAAGCCCGUAUGGCCGAGGAUUAAGCGAACUCGUGACAAAUCGGAGCGGGAAACACCAAGAGCCCACCCGAGUACUAAACUUGUUAGUGGUACCAAAUCCGUAGAGAAACAGACACGGGCCGUUGAGACUGUGCCAAAACCUCCGGAGAAAUUCUGGAUUUACCUGUCCAGGAUUGCCCGCCAUGUCACCGAGGAUGAUGUCUCUGAGCUAGUGAAAUCCUGUCUACAAACCGAACAAUCCGUGGAUGUUCGAAAACUCGUGCGAAAAGAUGCUGAUCUGAAUCAAUAUGCAUUUAUUUCAUUCAAAAUCGGAGUAGAUUUGCAGCUCAAGGAAACGGCUUUGGAUCCAUCAAUCUGGCCUAAAGGAAUAUACUUCAGGGAAUUCGAGUCGCAGGAAACCAACAAGGAUUUUUGGGUACCAGCGAAACAUCCGCGGAUUGGCGAAGGAACCCCAGUAACAGCCUCAACGCAAUGAGUGAUGCUUCGAGCCGUUCGUCCUGUCCACAAUUUCAUCUAGUAACGGAACGCACAUCUAACGUCUUUAUGGAAGCCCCCAAACCGCCUGACACAGUCGAGCGUCCCAACUUUUUCACUUGUGCCGAUUUUAGCAACCACCGCAGCCGUUCCGUUCCUGUGUUCGGAGUUGGUGAGGGGGUCUUUCAAUGUGCUGAUUCAGGCAAGUACGAAUGUUAUAUCGCUUCUUCGCUUCCUGAAUUCCGUCCCGUUUCCAGCGAUCCCGUGCAUUAUAAGGAUAGUACAGUUCUUCUAUCAUACUCAGCUGGAUUGUUAAGUGAACCGGAAUGCACUGAUGAUAGCUCCAUGGGAACCCAUAGUCCACUAGACACAGUCGUGCUUUUUGAUCUAUCCUGUCGGCGGAGUCGUUCCGGUCCUGCUGUCGAUGUGCGGCCAGGGGUUUCCCACCCACCUGCUC